GGCUUCGAUGGACUUGAAAAGAUUUGUAAAGUGGAGUGCUAUGAUGGGAAGACAGGCAGCUGGUACCGCGCCCAGGACAUGGCCAUAUCCCGCAGUGUCAUCCGCUGCUGCAUAGUGCCUGCACUCCCCAGCAUCACAGAGUAUGUUGCACCACGUGAGCCCCUGGUCGUCGCCCAGGAUAUAACGCCAUCCACAUCCAACGACCUGCCCAAUGGGUGACCUGCACUGCAGCAGCUCCUCCCACUCCCGAAUCCAUCCCCUGAAACAAAAAUACGUAAAAUCCAAACCUAAGCUAUCCCACGUCUCUGCUAAUUUACUUGUUGGAAAAUUGUUUUACUUGAGUUUUUGAAGAAGUUACAUAAUCCAAUGCAGUAUCAAGGCGAGUCUGAAGGCUUUUCCAGGAAGCACAGGGCACAAGGCCUCUAGAGGACAGUGGAGGAGAUUCUGGGACAUCAUAAGACAGACACACACACAGAACUGGGCAUGACAUUCAAACCUGAAAGAGAAUGUACAAUUCCACCCACUGAGCCACAGUAUACUGUAGGGCUGGAUGAUUUAUCGAUUUCCAAUCGAAACCGCGAUUGGUGAUGGUGAAUACAGUGUUUAGGUGAAUACGAGUUAAUAAAAUAAAACUGUAGAAAUGACAGUAGGGCAUUAAAAAAAACUUUUUACUUAAAGAAAAUAUAGCAAAGCAAAAAACUAGCAAACUUCCCCCAGACUCAAUACCAAACAUGCUUUAACAUAUGACAUAUGGAUGGUUCGAUUUUAUUCCCUUAAAACUCGAAUGACCCAGGAGCCAUAUUUUAACUUCCCUAAAACAAAGAAAGUGUACUUUCGCAAUUGUUUAAAACAGAAGUAGGUUCUCGAUGAAAGACAUGCUCUCCUGUGGUCUGGAAGCAUAACGACCCCGAAAACAUUAAUAACACCAGUUGCGAGCUAAAUAAAUAAUACGAAUAAAACGAUGUAUCCCCAGCUCAUCCCAACCUGUAUCCAGGGCAUACUUUUUAAAUGGUGCGCCAACGCGAAUCAGUGAACCUUACCGUCCAUAUUUUCACUCAAACACGGCCUACUAGGGAGGUGUUUACAGUGAUAACUUGCUAACUGGUUAACCCCAAGCACCGGCGCUAACUUGGAAGUUACGAUUAAAUGUAAUUAGCGGAACAAAAAAAUAGCAAAAGGGAUUAUUUCUGUACUUUGAUUACAUUUCAUGAACACAGUUUAUUUAGCUUUCGCCUCAAUGUUUCUGCAUCUGAUAAUUUGGUCGCUAACCAAUAGUUUCGUCUCAUGUCGCCGUUGAAACGUAACAGCACUUACUAGCGAAAUAACGUUAAAAUCGUUUUUACUCUGUGAAAUUGAAAGACAGAAAUUUUAACAUGUCGCGGGUCGUGUGAAUAAAAUAUAAAUAAAAGGCUGUGUGCCGUUUUGACUGCGAUCCCCCCCAACUAACAACUAUUUAAAAAACUACAUGUUCAUCCUCCAUUGUUGUGAGGUAGCGGUGUGGUUUCCUAUUAUGUGUGAAGUUUAAUCUACGAGUUUUGCGUCUCUCAUACUAUUUUAGCAUAAAGGUCCCAGUACACGAUACGGAUACUGAAAUAUUAAAGAAGGCUUAAUAAACUUUAAAAACCGGAGCGUUUAAUCUGGGUGCGCGCGACUUCCAACUUUCUCGUGCGCCGUGAAGCGCUUGAUUACUCCAAGUCAUUCGGAAGUUACAAAUCAAAUUCCGCUCGUUCACAAGUUCAUAACACAAACACAAUUUUUUUUUUUGAUAAACACAGUAUACAUUUUCCAAAAGUGACAUAUAAAGCGUUGAAUACUAUAUGAUCUUGUACUACUGAUUGUACAAGAUUUUUUCGUCUUCAAUAAAUUCGGCAGCACAAACGUCAUGAACCAAAAAAUACGUAAUUAGAACCUGGUGACGCAAAAACAGUGUGAAGGGGCGGGGCGUGUGUUCUAGAAUGUACAGAACGUCAGUUGCUGGCUAUUUCAAAAAAAUAACCAAGAGGAAUGGACGUGCCUUCCACUUCUGAGAAAAUGAAGAGAUAUAACAGGAAAGGGGACAUGAUGCCCCCUACCUAUGACAUUUUCAAUCAGCUGCGGCUGGCAGGAGAGCACUGUGAUGUGAUCCUUCAGACCGAUGGCAUUGAUUUCAAAGCCCACAAAAUAAUUCUGUGUGGUGCCAGCUCCUAUUUCCAAGCUCUGUUCUCCAGUUGCUGGACUGUCCCAGAAGAGUGCCGGUACAAAAUCCACGGCAUUUCUCCAGAGAUGAUGAGCUUGAUCCUGGAGUAUGUCUACACAUACUCUGUGCUCAUCACGCUGGACAACGUCGAGAGUUUGCUGGCAGCUGCUGAUCAUCUGAACAUAAUCAGCCUUGUUCAGUGCUGCAGCGACUUUCUGGAGGGCCAGCUCUGCCUGGAGAAUUGCAUUGGCAUUUUUAAUAUUACCGAUGUCUACUGCUGUGCUGAGCUGCAUCAAACCACAUACCACUUCCUCCUGCAACACUUCACGGAGGUCGCCAGGACCUCAAUGGAAUUUCUGGAGCUCACCCUUUCCCAGCUCUGUACUAUCCUGGAAAAGGAUGAACUUAACGUGAGGCAGGAGGAUGUGGUGUUCGAUGCCAUACUUCGCUGGAUCAUGUAUGAUCCUGCCAACCGCAAGGCACAUAUUGCUGUCUUGUUGUCAAAGGUUCGGUUGGCUCGUAUGGAGGCAGAUUACUUCAUGAGGGUUGUGCAGAAUAAUGAGUUUGUAAGGAACAGUGAGGAGUGCAAACCCAUUAUUGUCAGCACCAUUGAGGCCAUGUAUGACCUUGAUGUUAAUGCUCUUCAGUAUUCUGCCUUUCAAAACUCGCUGACCCGCCCACGCCUCCCCUCUGAUAUCUUAUUUGCCAUUGGUGGCUGGAGUGACUCCCCGACCAACAGGAUCGAGGCCUAUGACACCCGGGCCGAUCGCUGGGUGGAUGUUUCACCGGAGGGGCUGGGCCCCCGGGCCUACCAUGGCACCGCAUGCCUGAAGGGUUUUGUGUACUGUGUCGGGGGUUAUGACGGCACAUCCGCCUUAAACACCGUGUGCAAGUUCGACCCCGUCUCAAGGACUUGGCACCAGGUGGCCCCCAUGCACUCGCGCCGCUGCUAUGUCAGCGUGGCUGUGCUCCAUGGCUACAUGUAUGCCAUGGGGGGCUUUGACGGCCUCGGGCGCCUCAACACAGUGGAACGUUAUGACCCUGAAUCCAACAGGUGGACCCUUAUCCAACCAAUGAACAGCAGAAGGAGCGAUGCCUGUGCCACCACACUUCAUGGGAAGGUGUACAUCUGUGGGGGCUACAAUGGGAUUCAAUGUUUGUCUACCGCUGAGUGCUAUGACCCACGGACCAACCACUGGACCCCAAUUGCGCCAAUGAGAGUUCCCAGAUGUAGUCUUGGAGUCAAAGCCUACAAUAACAAAAUCUAUGCAGUGGGCGGUUCUAAUGGGGCCACCUGCUUCCGGAGCGUGGAGGCAUAUGACCCGCUGACGAACCGCUGGUGUGCUGUGGCUCCCAUGUUGAACCCGCACCAGGGUUUGGGCAUCGAGGUGGUGGACGACCUUUUGUUUGUGGUGGGUGGCUUUGAUGGACUGCAAAAAACUUGUAUAGUGGAGUGCUACGAUGGGAAGACAGGCAGCUGGUACCGCGCCCAGGACAUGGCCAUAUCCCGCAGUGUCGUCCGCUGCUGCAUAGUGCCUGCACUCCCCAGCAUCUUAGAGUAUGCUGCCCCACGUGAGCCCUUGGUCGUCGCCCAGGAUAUAACGCCAUCCACCUCCAACGACCUGCCCAAUGGGUGACCUGCACUGCAGCAGCUCCUCCCACCCCCAAAUCCAUCCCCUGAAAUAAAAAUAUAAAAAAACAUCAACUAGUGUGACAAAAUGUGAACUUAUUUGCACAUGUAAUUAACUAGUGACCUUUUAGAUUCAACUAGUUCACUGGUAAGAGACUGAAUAUAACUAGUUUACUAGUACAUCCAUGAUUCACCCAUAAUAUUAUUGUGGCAAGGUUGAACUGUAUAAAUGUGUUUUCUACCGAUUAUUUUGUAUAACUUAUUUUUCAUGAAUAACUUGUUUCUUAAAAAUAGGGGCCAGGAUGCUCCGCUAGUCGUAAAAAUUCUUGUCCUGGGAAACUUAUUCUGAUUAAAGACACUUAUCCUGCUA